AUGGCAGCUCUCAACCGUCUUAUCACAGCUAUUUGCGCCUCUCUCUUCCUCUGGCCAACUUUGAUUUAUGGAAGACCGUUCGCCUCCUUGGCACCUCGAACAUGGCCGUUCCCCAACAAGUCUCUCUCCCUCCGUUUGAUGACCUUCAAUGUGCGCUACGCUGCAAAGCCCUCAGGAAACGAGAAAGCUUGGUCAGAACGACGAGGUAACUUGAUCACCCAAGUCGCAUACGAAAUGGGGGCAACAGACAACGUAUUCGUCGGUAUGCAGGAGGUCUUACACAACCAGCUCGAGGAUAUCGUCAACGGGUUGAAUAGCCACCCCAGCAGCGGCGGGAAUGACUGGGCUUAUAUCGGCGUCGGGCGAGACGACGGCAAACAGAGUGGGGAAUACUCCCCCAUCCUAUAUCGCAAAUCGCUCUGGGAAUUGGUCGAGAUGGAUACGAAAUGGUUGUCGGAGACUCCUGAUGUACCUUCCUACGGAUGGGGUGCCACGAACCGCCGGAUUGUCACCAUUGGGGUUUUCAGGAACAAGCGGACCAGGGCAAUGGCUCUGGUUAUGAACACGCAUCUCGAUCACCAGGUUUCGGAAGCCCGUCUGCACGGGUCUGAGCUGAUUCUCAAACUCAUUGGCGACUAUAAGAACAAGCGGCAGUACAAGUGCAAGCUUACCGGCGUCAUACUUACCGGCGAUUUCAACAGCGAGGAAGGACAGGAGGCAUACAAAGUCGUCACUGAGUCAAAGAUCCUGGUGGAUCCCGUGAAGAAAUUCGGGGAUAAGAAUAUCUAUGGCAAUCGGAAGACUUUUACCGGUUUCGACUCGGAGGUUGGGCUCACGAGAAUCGACUAUGUGUUCGUGGGCCAGGGAAAUCUCUGUGGAUGGGGUGACAAGGGCACCUGGGACGUAAACCGCUAUGCCGUGCUACCCAACAAGUUCGACGAUGGUAUCUUCUUCUCUGAUCAUCGGGCUGUGGUUGCUGAUGCCCACUCUUGA